ACUAAUGCCAAGAAAGCACGCGAGUCACAUGCAGGCGUACUUGAAUUUGUAGCGGAUGAAGGAAAAUGCUAUAUACCUUACUGGAUGAUGGAUAAUUUAAUAUUAGAAGAAGGAGACACUUUAACAGUAGAGAAUGUUUCGUUGCCGGUAGCGACUUUUUCAAAAUUUCAACCACACAGUACUGAUUUUCUAGACAUAACUAAUCCAAAAGCUGUACUUGAGAAUGCUUUGCGUAAUUUUGCUUGUUUAACAGCUGGAGAUGUAAUUGCUAUUAAAUAUAAUAAAAAGAUAUAUGAACUUUGCGUAUUGGAGACUCGUCCUGGCAAUGCGGUCACUAUAAUUGAGUGUGAUAUGAAUGUUGAGUUUGAAGCUCCUGUUGGAUAUAAGGAGCCAAGUAAACCAAGAGAUGAACAACCCCAGGAGGUAACUCAAGAUAAUGUAAUGGAAGAAGUUGUAGAAACCUUUCAAGGUUCUGGUGUACGCUUAGAUGGAAAACAAAAGAAAGAGAGUCAGUUAAAUAAUCCAGUCAUCAGGAAGAUAUUGCCACGCGGGGUUCCAGAUUAUGACUUCAAAUUUGGAUCUUUAAAAUUUGAUCGUUCAGUAAAACCCAUAAGUGAAAGGGUUGCCAAAAGUGAGGAAGAAGACAUGGAAUCAAAUAGUUUUCAAGGAGAAGGAUUUAGCAUGAAAAAAUCUCGAAAAUAAUUCUAAAUCUAUAAAAUACUUUA